GUACAGUCAACACCAGCUGCAGCAACAGCAACAUCGUUAGCAUUUAACAGAUACGGCGUAACAUCAUCACGAGCGGCUCGUCGUGCCUCCCUGCCAGUUGUCCUAAGCGGUAUACCGGAGCAAGUGUCGUUGCGUACCGGAAGUGCUUCUGAAGUUGUUGCAUCUGGCGGCCCAACAGCACUCGUAACGAAUCUAUCGGAUUGGCUUAAAAUGAGUAGCAUUGGUCGAGUACGAAGCCGCCGGCCUUCGCUGGUCGAAUGGACACAGCAUAUGGUUUGCUUCUUGGCUUUUUUUUGCACAGUAACUUCGGCACGAACGAAGAAUGCUAAACUGAUGUACCGAAGUACAUAG